AUGGGGCCCACAUGGAGCGAUAUCCACAUUCAAAGGGGGUCGGGCCAAACGAGUUUCGAGGGUUCGACUGCUCAUCGGUGCUUGAUGGAGUUGGUGUUCUUCCUCGCACGAACGAAGCUCGAAAUACCAUUCCAUGCGUGUGCGGACCAGGCCUACGCAUCUAUCGCAGUCGACGAUAAGGCAAUGGAACAAAAGCUCAUUGACUCGUCCGCCUUCGAUCUCGGGCUCAGCCACUGGCAUGCCAUGGAAGGUGACGACGAGACAUCAAUGGAAUCCAGCGAGGAUCUACGAAAGGGCGACAAUCUGAUCCGCGUGCGAUUCGCGAGAUUGGUCCGGCAGAAGUUCGGGCAGGGGCCGACAGACCUACGACCUGCGCCGAACUGUUCCAUGGAUCCCACCACAAACGUCACGUCAUUCGCACCAGAGGGCGAGACUGCCUUCGAUUUGUGGAUCGAGAAGUCCUUCCUCGACGGCUAUGCGCUCGCGGCUGUUGGAUACGGUGUCCUCCUCGCGUUGACCUGGCAGACCAUGCACGCGUUCUUCAGUCUGCCACAGAAGAGUCGGCCGUGGGGCCUGGUCGGGUACGCCGCGAUGAUCUUUGCCUUGGCCACCAUCGGCUUUGGGAGCGCGACGAAGAUCAACGAACGGUCCUUUGUCCAGGACCGCAACGCACCCGGGGGACCUAGUGGCUUCGAAAUCAUCUCAUUCGCAUCGCCGGUGAACAUGAUGGGCGUCGUCGCAUACGUGACGUUGAGUUGGAUUGCCGACGGCCUGGUGUUGUGGCGCUUCUGGCUCGUCUGGGGCUCCAACUACGUCUAUACCAUCUUCCCGGCUAUGAUGCUGUUGGGCUCAAUCGCCACGUCCCUGGCGCUCAUCGUUACGAGUUUCCAACUCGAAAACUCCUUUUGGGCCGCCCGCUCGGUUCAAUUUGGCACGGCAUACUGGUCCCUCUCCAUUUCGCUCAACAUCCUCCUGACGCUACUCAUCGCCGGGAGAAUCCUCGUCAUCCGCAAGCGGGUGAAGCGCACGCUCGGGUCGCAGCAUGCGCAGAAGUACUUCUCGGCCGCUGCAAUGAUCAUCGAGUCCGCCUCGCUCUAUGCUGUCGUCGGGCUCAUCUUCAUUGUCACCUACGCGCGCAGUAGUUCGGUGCAAAACCUGGUCUUUCCUGUGCUGGGCCAAGUUCAAGGGAUAGCGCCGAUGCUUAUCCUUUCGCGUGUCGCGCAAGGCCGGGCCUGGUCACAGAGCACGAUCCAGGCUACGACUGCACUGAGUAUCAAUGGUGCAAAUGGCGCAAGUACGACCAACAUCGGGCUGGGUAGUUUGGCCUCGCGGCAAGGAGCGCCCGACACCGUCAAAGGCGUGCAUAUUGUGACGGAUAAGCACACCGACUCCUUCCCGUAUACAUCGGAUGUAUAA